CGCAAAUUAAUAGCUAACUUUUUAGUUUUCUCUGGAAAGAGUUCCGGCACAUGUCCUGUUUGUAAACAUGCCACAUGCCACUGAUGUAUCUCAAAAGAAAAUGAGCCAAGAAGAAUUUAUAGCUGUACAUGGAGCACAGUUGUCAUCAUCUGUUGUGCCUGAAAUUUUAUGGCCAACUUUACAUGAAAAGCUGGCUAAUGAGAUUCUUGAUGCUGGCAGCUCAUUCAAACUAUUAUGUUAUAUGGAUGAGGAAGAUAAUGUUAAAUGGAAAGUAGUUGCAGAGAAAAAGAUUUCAUGUGAAGAUCCAAACCAAAUUUAUCUGAUUGACCAUGCUUGGACAUACCAAACAAAAGAUGCUCGUCUACAGUUACAGAUGAUCCAAGGCCUGAGGGAAAGAAUGGCAGACUUGAUGAAGAUUGACACAGAACAAGAUAAUGAAGAGAUUAUUGAAGAAAUACUCACAGAAAUGUGGAAGUAUAACCAGACUUACAGCUUUGGACAUUUAGAAAGGGGAUCAGAUGAGGCCAUGCCACUUUGGUAUAUCAUGGAUGAGUUUGGGUCCAGAAUACAACACUCAGGCACCCCCUCAUUUAGAACAGCACCAUUUUACUAUGCCCCAUUACAGAUUUCUUUUACAUUACUUUGGCCGGUCCAAGAUUUAGAAGAAGGAGGAGAAGUCACCAGAAAUUUUGUUGAAAAUGUUUCCAACCAAGAUGUUUGUCAGUGCAGACUAUUACCAUGGCAACCAUGUGACCUAAAACAAAAAGACUAUGAACAAAAAGAACCUGACAUGUCUUAUUUCCUGAGUCAUAAGCAGGGUGAAACCCUUCCUGAUAUGAGCACAGAUUACCCAGGUUUAUCGAAAGACAGAAAUGUUAAAGUUUAUUUGAGUUAUCAAAGUUUCCCUAAGUUUUUGACAGAUGGGCGGUUUGAACUUGUAGAAUCUAUGGAAGAGGCAGAUAUUAUUUGGUGCAAUACACAUUGGAAGGAUUAUAAAAAGUUGAGUGAAGAGACCCCUGGGAAAUUUGUCAAUCAGUUCCCCUGUGAAUGUGUGGUUACAGUGAAGGACAUGUUAGCAGUUGUUUGUCGGAGAGCAGGAAGUGACAUGGAGGACCCUGAAACCAUGGAAACAGAGCCAGCAUGGCUUCCAAGGACAUAUAAUUUACAAACAGAAUUACCCUUAUUUGUAUCAUAUUUCCAAAAUAGAAAGGAAAAAGGUUUAGAUAACCAUUGGAUAUGUAAACCAUGGAAUUUAGCUAGAGGUUUAGACAUGCAUAUUACCUCAAACUUAAAUCAGAUUGUCAGGCUUCCAGAAUCAGGACCUAAGGUGGCCUGUAAAUAUGUAGAGGACCCAGUCCUGUUCCACAGAGAGGAGAUUGGUGAUGUGAAGUUUGACAUUAGAUACAUUGUUCUACUUUCAAGUGUGCAGCCUCUCAAGUUAUAUGUGUACAGAGUCUUUUGGCUCAGAUUUGCAAACAAGACUUUCUCUUUGGAUCAUUUUGAUGACUAUGAAAAACAUUUUACAGUCAUGAACUAUGUGGAAGAUGGUCAAAAUCUCAAACAGAUAAACUAUGAUGACUUUAUACCGAUGUUUGACAGUCAAUACCCAGAUCACAAAUGGAGUGGAGACUGUGGAGUAGAGGAGAGUAUAUUCCAAAUGUUUAGAGAAAUGUUUGAGGCAGCAUCUUGCAAACCUGCUCCAGCUGGUAUAGCACCAUCACCUCAGUCAAGAGCCAUGUAUGCUGUGGAUUUGUUACUUAAGUGGAAAACUAAUACAAAAGGGGAGAGAAUAAUGCAGCCAGUAGUUUGUGAAGUAAAUUUUAGUCCAGAUUGUGAUAGAGCAUGUAAAUAUCAUCCAAACUUUGUCAAUGAUGUGUUUAGUACUUUGUUCUUAGAUGAUAUUGAAGGGAGACCGGUCACGCUGCUUUGACAUUGCCUUGUUCUUAGAUAAAAUUGAAGAGGGACCCGUCACAUUUCUUUGACAUUAAAU